UGAUUUGCACUCUAAUUGACCCAAAUAAAGAGAGCUGUACUGCGGACGGAGGUUUUCUGCGGAGGGCCUCGAGGGGACGGGCUUGCACGUGAAUAUGUACACACAACGCACACACACACGGAGCUGCAGCAGUGACUGAAGCACACGCGGUAAUUCUCCCUUCCCUGGAAAAUCCCCAUUUGCUAUUGUGCUCGUCCAAUCGCCGGUUGCCCUCGGCUCCGUGAGCGUUUGACUUGACGUUUCACUGUACUACUGCUUCCGUCUCCAUCUCCUCCCGUCGGCACCGAGGAGAUCCCCCAUCCCGUCUGUGCCAUGACUCCUCAUCCCAGCACGGCGCAAAAACAGCCACUUUUAGAAUAAUAAUAAUGACCACCCGGAUACGUUUAUGACAGGAUCUGCUUCGUUUGCGUCAAGAAGUGCCGUGAAAACCGUGAAAACAUGCAGGAGAAGCAGGCGGAGGGUCAGCUGCCCACUGCAUCCAGGGCGUCGUCGUCGUUUUUUAUCGAGAAUCUCCUCGGGAAGGGACGGGACGACAAGGAGUGUUUGACGGGAAGCUGUGGAGAGGAUGUCGGUGCAGAGACGGUGUCCACUGGCCGGGCACUGAACCCACGUCACGACGACGGGAGCGCUUUAACGUCCGAUGGCUCCGUGUCCACAGCCCGGUCCCCGCACAGAGACUCGCCGUUACAGUGGUACCGCGGAGGGACCGUUUUCAACUUCAGAGCUUUGGAAAACCCACACAGUCCACGGGACACCUCCAGUUCAGAGGAGCACUGCUGCUCCAUGUCCACCAGCGAGAGAGGUUCCCCCGCCGUUUCCGAAUCUAUAACGGAGGGAAGCGACGAAAUCGACCGAAAAACCGGUGAGACAAAUCUGAUGGAAGACGGCGAGGACGCACAGAACGGCUCUGACGCACGGUCGGAGCAAGAAACGAAUUUAGAUCAGAACUCCGGCCGGAAGAAGAAGACUCGGACCGUGUUCAGCCGCAGCCAGGUGUUCCAGCUGGAAUCCACCUUCGAUGUGAAACGGUACCUCAGCAGCUCGGAGAGAGCGGGGUUGGCGGCAUCCCUCCAACUGACAGAGACUCAGGUUAAAAUCUGGUUCCAGAACAGAAGGAAUAAAUGGAAGAGGCAGCUGGCGGCGGACCUGGAGGCUGUGCAUAUUCCCAACUCGACCCAGCGGAUUGUCAGGGUGCCCAUCCUGUACCAUGAAGGACCUGCGCCCACUGCGGCUCUGGGGUUUAACUUCAGCCGCCAUCCCGUGUCCCCCACCGUGCCGGGGUUCUCCAGCUCAGUCAACUACCCCCUGUCCUCCUUCGCUCACUCUAUGAGCAUGUUAAGAUCACAGAUGUCCGGGUUAGUCUAGAGACUGACCCAGUUGCUUGGUUCAAUGAGUAACAUCCACUCUGUUCAAACAGAAUCGUGCAAUAAUCCAAAAUCCUGCAGACAUUUGUUGAGUGCAUCCAAAGAGACUGUGAUGAAGACCACACAUCUGUUUGUGUUCAGAAGCCUCUAGAAGAGUCUGUGCUCUGGUCACAGUAGAGACUGUGGACAGCAAAGGAGGCCGCUGCUGUCCAUGUACUGUAUGUUUGAAUACACACAUAUUUUUGCAAACUUUUAUAUUUAAAGCCACGUUUCCAACUUUGUCACUUUUUUCACAUUAUAGAAAUAAACAAAGCAAAGCAAA